CCACUUGUUCUGCUUAUCGGAGCCAUAACUAGUAUUGGAGAUAUUGGAGCUGUAUGUGGUUUGACAUGGAGCGGAAACUCAGGAAUAAGACCCGGAUAUAGAAGGAAGAUUUCCGACUCGUGGGCAUGUUCUUCGUCUUGUACUAGUAUGAAUUGGUGGUCGUUCCACAUACUGCGACUAUGUACAACGUUGAAUGGAGGCAGAAACAUCAUUCGGAUCAUAAGGGAAACGUGGUCAUCGCUUCAGAGUUUGUGUUCCUAUAAGGUAUACGAGAUGGGCAUGGGACAAGUUGAGAAACGGAGAAAGAAUUUGCCUGUCGUUGAAACGAGUCAGUCUGCACUUCAAGAUGCACAUCGUAGUUUUGAAGCCUCUGGAAAGAUGCUGUCGGAUGCUGAUGCUACUCCAGACAGAAGGAGGAAGAAGAAUCAACAAACAAAUGGACUGUACAAGUGGCUGACAGAGGCUGCUAGAAGAGGAUUCUUCUUCUUCAACAAGUCAGACAGUCGGGGUUUGAUCCUCCAGCCAGAAACAGUACCCGUCGCCAUCGGCGAUAUCGGCCCUGUCAGAGCUAAAAGGCUGAAAUUCUUGGGUUUGUCUAGAUGCCAGCUUCGGCUGCUUCCGGAAUUUGUAUCAGGCCUGGUGAGACUUGAGUCGCUGCAAUUACAGCACAAUCAUCUGAAGACACUGCCAGACUGGAUAGGGAAUUUGACGCAGCUCAAGUACUUGGACGUAUCCGGAAACCUUUUAAAACAUUUGCCUGAUGGCCUGGGCAAAUGCAGGUCGUUGUUGGAGUUCGAUGCGAAUUUGAAUCAGCUGGAGAGCCUCCCCUGCACUCUCGGCCGCUUAGAGAAACUAGAAAAAUUACACGUGCACAUCAACAAUCUGAAGAGCCUUCCGCCCUCCUGCUCCAACCUGAAGUCACUGAGGUAUGUCGACCUGCGCUUCAACAAACUCCAGGAGCUGCCAAAGUGUAUCGGCGACCUGCAGCCGCUGGACUUCCAAGGCUGUGACAUGGACGGCCUGCCAGAGUUCAUAGAUCUGAGCUUCAGUGAAAAAAGCUCCGACUUGCAGACCGAAUCACCGGCAUUUUCCGCCGAGAUUACCAUUUACAACUAUCUGUCAAAUUCCGAACAGGGGAAGGACUUGUCUAAAUGCUUCGAAGGUCAGCUCACGAACAUGUCCAUGAUCCUGUUGCUGGAUGGAAACCCCGUCAGCGUUCCUCCUAUAAAGACAAUGUAUAUCACUGGUUGUGCCACAUUGGAAAGGUACACACAACAGGAUCUCGUCGAUUCUGAUCCUAGAAAGUGACCGCAUCUGAUUCAGGUUCUCGCUAAAUGCACUCCGAUAUGCCAAACAUGUCACUGACAAAUUUGUCCCCUCAGCCACUGCUGGCCAGGUUUCUCGAGCUAACAGCUCAUGUACAUACAUCAAAGUUUUUAGUAGUAUGAAGAAGACGAAGUGUAGUGUACGCUGUGGCAGCUUUCUACGACUGAUACAACCCAACCAUAUGAGGUGAUCAUGAAAAACCGCAAUCCAAAUUUUAACGAUGAGAUAUCCGAUCAUCUCGUAGUGAAACUAGUGUAUGGAUGAAACUGCAGAAAAUGAACAGUUGGAAAGACUGUUUACAAAUGUCAAAGAAUUAUGUG